UAACUCAGCUUUAGCGUUUUAUUUUAGCAGACGAAAUUGCAUCUUAAUUCUAGAUCUAUUACAUUUGCACUUGAUCUUUCCGGCAUUAAUCUUGACUCUAGAUCUAGAUCAGAAUAGUGAAAUAGAAUCUAAUCUAGAAUAGAAGAUCUAGAUCUUGAUGUACUGUAAACUAGCGGUAGUAAAUGGAAGACCAGGUUGUAUCAGAGCAUGCUGUCGAUAUUGAUGAUGAUGAGGAGUCAUUUUUUCAAGAUAUUGAUGUGCUUCAGGAUCAUGGAAUAGUAAGCUAUUAUGAAUAUGGCAGACAUAAAGAAAUUAAAACAAGCUGGUAUUUGUACAGUUAAGGGCAUUCAGAUGUGCACAAAAAAGAAAUUGUGUAAUAUAAAAGGUAUUUCUGAAGCGAAAAUGGAAAAAAUCAAAGAAGCAGCUGCAAAAAUAUGUGGUGAGUCUGGCAUAAUGACCGCUCUUGAAUAUUCAAUUAAAAGAAAACAAGUUUUUAAAGUUUCAACUGGAAGUCAGGAGUUAGACAAGCUAUUGGGAGGUGGUAUUGAAAGCAUGGCUAUUACAGAAGCUUUUGGGGAAUUUAGAACUGGGAAAACUCAACUUUCUCAUACUUUGUGUGUGACAUCUCAAAUUCCAGGGGCUAAAGGCUAUUCAGGAGGAAAGGUUGUUUUUAUUGAUACAGAAAAUACAUUUCGACCUGAUAGGCUUAGAGAUAUAGCAGACAGGUUUAAUGUAGAUCAAAAUGCAGUGCUAGAUAAUGUGUUGUAUGCUAGAGCUUACACAAGUGAGCAUCAGUAUGAACUUUUAGAUUUUGUGGCAGCUAAAUUUUAUGAGGAGCCAGGAGUUUUUAAAAUGUUGAUUGUAGAUUCAAUUAUGGCUCUUUUUCGAGUUGACUUUAGUGGUAGAGGAGAAUUAGCAGACAGACAACAAAAGUUAGCACAACUGUUAUCCAGAUUACAAAAAAUAUCUGAAGAGUAUAAUGUUGCAUGUUUUGUAACCAACCAAAUGACUGCUGAUCCUGGUGCAACAAUGACAUUUCAAGCUGAUCCAAAAAAACCUAUUGGAGGUCAUAUACUUGCACAUGCAUCGACUGUUCGGAUAAUGUUUAGAAAAGGCAGAGGCGAGACUAGAAUAGCUAAAAUCUAUGACAGCCCUGAUUUGCCAGAAAAUGAAGCUACAUUUGCCAUAGGUCUGGGAGGAAUAACUGAUGCCAAGGAAUAAAUAAAUGAAAUUGUGUAGACAUAUUUUUCAAACAUAAUGAUGAUUAAAAAAAAAAAACCAACAAAAUAUGAUUGAAUUCAAGAUUGAAAUGUUUAUUUGAUCUUGCUCUUUUUGAAGUUGUUGAAAAUGUAAAUGUAUUAUAUAUUAUGCUAUACUAAUAAAAAAACAUUUAAAUAAAAGGUUUCAAAUAAUUUGCUUGUUGGAAAUAUAUGUGUGUGUGUGUUUUUUUUAGAUCUUUAUUUUAAAAUAUCAAAUGCUCUGAGAGAAUGCUUGAAUUUUUGCUAGCUUAGUUAACCUAAAAGUGAACAGAAGAUACAAAUAUCAAGAGCUUUAAUUAUUGAUUUAGGAUUAAAUAAUAUAAAAAAAAAGCACCAAUAUGAGAUUAGUCAAUGUAACUAAUCAAUGAAAAUGAUUACAAAACCCUAGAUUUAUGUUUAUUUUACACCUAUAAAUGUGGUUUUAGUGAAACAUUUUCCAUCAGGUUUAACUUACACUAGAAAUACAUUGAUGGGAUAAAUGUCUAUACAAAUAAUAAUUGUAUUGUAUAAUACUAUUUCAAGAAAACUAAACUAUGGCAAACAAUAAAUGCAAACAAAGCAGAUAUAAUGUAAAAUUAUAACAUUUAAGUGCCAUCUUUUUCAAUUGAUAAGGUGUUUUCCUGUCCUGGAUAAUUAAACUACAUUAUACCAUCAAUGCACAGUUAUAACUGAACUUCUAUUCAACAAUGCUCAUCUGAAUUUUUGUGUUUGUAACACAGGGCACUGAAAAUUAGAUUUAUGGA